CGGCAGCAGCUUUCGCGCCGAACGAGCGCCAGAGCGUCGCAGACGGUACCGGAAAGAACGCGUGCACUUGGAGUGAUAGAGAGUGGUGUGUUGUGGAUGUAUCUGAGGAGUGUUUUUAUUUUUCGAACGAAAACAGCCCCAUAAAUUUUCGGUCUUUCGAUUCAAAAUUGACUAUAGAUCUCAGGAUGGAUAAUCAGAGUUUUGUCCCGGAUAACAUCCCAGCAGAUCUCGACAAGAGUUGGCACAUUCCCAGACCCACACUAGCUCGUAGCUCUAAUAGUUCGCAGGGCUCAGCGUCAAGUAAUAACAGUACGCAGAGUGCCAGAUCAGGUUCCCUACUACUGACAGCUGCGAACUUGGCCCAAAUCCACCAGGAAACCAGAGAAGUGAAGGAUAGCUCCAGUGCGGAUGCCAUGACCACGCGCGACCUCAACAUCCAGUACUACUUGGAGAACAACGACAAACACAACGAUUUAAUAGCGUCUCUUCCAAAGACUAAUAAGCAACCCGAACCCGAUAAUGUUUCUAUAGCUAGUUCCAUGCACUUUACCGUCGUCAAUGUGAAUUCUAGACCUCAUCGAGUACCUAAGAGAAGUUUCUGUAGAAAACAUCAAUUGACGAUUUUGGUAUUGAGUAUGUCUGCAUUAUUUACAAUAGGCAUUCUGGCAGCUGUAUAUGUUUUGGAAAUGAGGGCUAGGGACCAAAGAAGAUACUGACACCUAGCCAAAAAUAGAAACAGAUUUUCACUAUAGUUUAUCAGUACUCCACCAGUGGCAUUAGUUUAAGUAUGAUCUUUUUCCAACCAACGAAAAUGAAUAUUCUUUAUAUCAAACUACAAUCUUGGUUGCUGUUUAACUUGUUAGAGAGAAAAUUAUUCAAUACCUAGUAUUGGUCUAAUCCUAUAAUAUUUAUUAUUACUAAGUAUUCUAUUUAUUUAAAUUAAAUUUUGCCAAAAACAAAAACGUGAACUCAUGUGUCAUGGUACAAGUAAGGUUAUUUAAAAACCCACUCUAAUCUGUGCCAUUAUUGAUAUUUGAAGGUGGGUUGGAUUUAAAAUCACUGCCAGUCGAUGGUGAACCUCAUUUGAAAGGUGCAACUAAAUACUGUAAGCAAGUAAAUUUAGAUUUAUGAUAUUUGAAGCAAAGAUAUCUCACAAUAAAGUUUCAAAAUUUAUUGUGAGUUAUACAACUUCAACUUAGUUAUUUUAUUUUUUUUUUGAGUUUGUGAUAAGAUAUUUUAUCAACUUUAAAACUAAUUUUUAACCAUACUUUAAAUAUUUGUGUAGAUUUUUUGUUCAAACCCUUAUUUUAGUACAUAAAGUCAUUAAUUUGUAUUUUUAUGUUUUACUCGAAAUGUGCUAUCUCAUUACUUAUUUCUCUAACGGUGUCUUUAGUUUUUGUGUUACUGUGAUAUGUAAAAAGUUGAUAAUAUUGUACAGUAUUUAUAGUGUAUGUAUGAGUUUUUGAAUAAGUAUACCGUAAUUGAAUAUGUUCUAAAUCUAGUAUUUGUAUGACAAUUGGAAAUAAAUUUUAAAA